AUGAUGGGGAAAGUUGGGGUACGUGGGACGAUUCUCGUCACUUGCCCACCCCACCCGAUGGGGCAUCGUGAGCAUCGUUGGCUGCCUACAAAGUAUAUUUGUUUAUUUAGAAACUGCAUUCCGCACGCGGGAGCUCUGCUAUUUGACGACAUGUACUGUGGCCGUGGCCAAGCCGACUGUGCUUCAGUCGGUAUACUUCACCUCGAGCCUAUACUUGGAGUCGUAAUGCAUCGCCCAGUACUCGCUCAUUACCAUCUUUGUCACGGGGCCAACCUCACCUCCGUUCACGGCCUGUCCGUCAAGCGACGUGAUGGGCAUGAUGCCGCUCGCCGUGCUCGAGAGAAAAAUCUCAUCACAGUGGUACGCCAUGUCAACGGGCACAACCUCACAACGGACCGUGAGCCCCGAAUACUUUGCAAUCUCAAAAACGCACUCCCGAGUGAUGCCCUUGAGACAGCCGCGAUCGGGUGUGUAGAUGACGCCAUCAUUCACCAGCAGUAUGUUGAAGGCGGGUCCCUCGGUGAGGUUGCCGUCCCCGUCGGUAAGCAUGGCGUACGUCGCGCCGCGGUCUUGCGCCUCGAACAUGGCUCGCACAAGAUCCCCCCACUGCAGGCUCUUGGCCGUAGGGUCUAUGGCCCCUGGCGGCACGCGACGUACGGUUCUAGCGACGAUUGCACUCCCGCCCGUGGUUUGCUGCAUGCCGUGUCGCAUGACCCAGGAGUACGGCUUGGCAAACAUGUACAAAUUGUUGAUCACAGUAUCCGAGGCGAGCUGUCGUGUGUCGACGAUGCCUUUCGUGACAAUCAUCUCGGCUAG